AUGAAGACUCCGAAUCCAGCGGAGUCGGAAGACGAAGAUGUUCCGCGUGGCAGUGAUUCGGAAAACGAGGAGCAAGCAGCGACGGCAGUGGCUAAAAAGGAAGCAGCUGUUUCGACGAAACCUGAAGAUGAAAUUGCAACGUCGGAAAGCGAAACCGAAGCAGAAGAAGACACCGCUAAGGAGCCCGGUAAAACCGCGGAAAAAAAGAAAGAUGUCGAGCAUUGCGUUUUCGUCGGAAACCUGCCUUCGACGACCGCAAAGUCCAAAGUUAAGUCUCUUUUCAAACAGUACGGCACCAUUUUGUCUGUACGGUUCCGAGGAAACCUUGGGGAAAAGAUAAUGCAUCGAAAGGAUCAGGUAAAGGUUAAGUCUCUGAUCGCCUACGUGCGCUUCUCGGCAAAGGAUGAGGUGCAAAAAGCUUGUACGAUGGACGGGCAGCUGGUGGAGCAGAAUCGAAUCCGGGUGUGUCCGCAGAAUCAGAAGCAAUUGGGAGAAGUAAAAUCUACGGUUUUCGUAGGAAACAUUUCAAUAGCUACAACGGACAACGAGUUGUACGAUUUCUUCAGCACCGUCGGUGAGAUAGAGUACGUGCGACAGAUCGCUAACAAGGGCAUCGCUUUCGUUUGCUUCAAGAAAGGAGUGUCCAUCAAAAAAGCGCUAAAGUUGAACCAACAGCAACUGAACGGACGUGCGCUGCGUGUCAUGGAAGUGGAUCCGGAGCGGACCAAUGUGAAGAAAAACAAGAAAGGCAAUCCAGUGAAGAGGAACAAGUUGCCGCAGCAGGGACCGAACAAAAAUGGUGGACCCACAGCCAAGGCAAAUGACUUCCACGGUAAGGUGGUGGCUGACGGUGGACCCAAGAAGAAGAAGAAGUCUGGGUUUGGAAAAAAGGAUAAAACCGCAAAGGUAAUUGCCCAGAAGCUGAAGGCAGCCGCGAAGGUUUCUAAGCCCGUCGCUUAAAAACAAUGUACAAUCGACACUGUUGAGAAACAAACUUAGGGUUUAUAAGGUUCUUCUGUUCCGUGUAA